AUGAGUUCCCUCUCAACGCCGUCAAAGCAUCUGCUCGGUCUUCGCCCAUCAUGGUUGAAGUUCAAGUUCAAGGCACUCCGUUGUCGAUGGAACUGGACACGGGGGCAGCCGUAUCGCAAUUUGGAGGCUGUGUUGCAACGCUUAUCUGGUUUUGGGUUCCCAGAAACGCUCGUGUCAGAUAAUGGACCACAAUUCACGUCUGAUGAAUUUGCAAGCUACAUGCGCAGGAUCGGUACUCGUCAUAUUCGCACGGCACCGUACCAUCCAAGUAGUAAUGGCCAAGCGGAACAUUUUGUCCAGUUUUUGACGGUCGCACUGCGCAAGGAUCCAGCCCUCCCAGUGAACGAGGCACUGGCGGACUUUCUUUUGGCUUACCGGAACACUCCGCGCACCACAACCGGGGAAGCGCCAGCCGUCGUAUUGCUUGGCAGGCGUCUCAGCACACGGCUAGAUGUUGUCAAGCCUUCAACCGGGGAAACUGUUUCUGCAAGGCAGUUUACCCAGACGCUAAAACGGCGUUCAAAUGGUCGGCUCGGUAAACGGUUCUCGGUAGGCGACAGUGUGCGGGUCCGAAAUUUUCGACGUGGUGACAGGUGGUUUAGAGCCACGAUUUUAGCCCAAACCGGGCCGGUAUCCUACAAGUUGUGUGUAACCACUCUGCGAGGUGUGUUUCAGUGGGUGCGACACAAGGACCACAUUGUGCGGGUGCCACCGGAAAAGGACAUCUCCACGCCACUGGGACCUUUCAGAGAAUCCGAGGUACCAGAGGCCUGCCAGACUCCAGCACCACAAGAAGUGGCUCCUGCUUGA